AGUUAACUUGGAUACUAGGCUAGGCGAGGAUCUCGGUGCUUACCGUGUGCCCCCUCUCCCUUUCAUCGUGGAAAAAACUAUUUAGUGAUUUCGUGUUACGAUUUUGGGUAUUUUGAGAUCCGGGCGAUUUCGAAUUGGUCUUGAUUCGAAAGGAAUGGAGAAGAAGAGGCAACCAACAAUGAUUACGACCAGCGAGACUGUGUUACAUACCAAUCUUCUAACGACGACUGGUCAGCGUCUUACUCCAACAGGAAAAAUCAGCCAUGCCAAGACGCGUGUCUAUACGCAACGAUAUCGUAAAGAAUGGGAACAAAUGCCUGAUUUUAAAGGAUGGUUGACAUCCGUACCAUUUCAACCAACACGUGCCUAUUGUAUGUAUUGCAAGAAAAAUCUUCAUGCGCAUCGACUGUCUUUAUUAAAACAUACAUGUACGAUGAAACAUCAACGUGCAGCUCUAUUACACGAAGCGGAAGAAAAAAAGAAGGCUGCAGCCCGAAAGGCAAAUAUAGGAGAAGAGGUUGAAGUAGAAGAAGUUGAAGAAAUUGAGGCUAUAGAACAUACUCAAACUGAAAUAGAAGAAAAUGAAGAUGAAGUGGAAUAUGUUGUUGAGAGAUUAGAAACAGAUGAUGAAUUGGAUGAGGCACAAAUCAAAGAUCCAAGUGAAGAUGUUGGAGGUGAAGUUGAAGAUGAAGAAGAAGAGGAAGAAGAAGAAGAUGUAUCACAUUUACAAAUGCCUUCUGAUGAAGAAGAUGUUAAACAUUCUAUAAAAAAAAUUAAAAUAGAAAGAGUGGAAAAUUGUGAGGAUUCUUUGACUGAGGCUAUGGAUCAUAUGCAAAGUGAAUAUUUAGAAGAAACAGAUAAUCAUGGAACUGUACAAAUGGAAAUGGUUGUAGAAUCAGAAGAUCAAAGUAAUUCAGAAAUGCAAGUUGUAUCGAUUCUUCCUGACACAGAAGAUUCUAAUAAAGAAUCACCAAAGGAAUUGCGUGAAAAUGGAAGAACAAUUCGACGAAAUGACGGUAAAUUAGAUAGAAAAUCUGCAAAAUUAUUGCAAGAUGAAUGUAAACAAGGAGAUUCGGGAAUAAUGAUGGCAUGUCCAUUGCCUAUUUUAGGCACAGCUUAUCAAAUUAAUUCUUCGGUUGCAUCUACUACUAAUACAAUUGGUGUGCUUCAACCUGUGAAUACAAUUCCCAUUGCACCUGCACAAAAUAAAACGAUUACUUUAACAUCGGGUGGCAAAACUUUAACUUUAACAGGUGGUACAUUCCAACCUGGUACUCAGUAUGUACUGAGUAAAUUAAAGGGUAAAUUUCCUACGUUGGUAAUGGCUGAUAAGAAAACUGCAAUUGCAGCUAAUCAAGCAGAGGACGCCACAAAAGGCGUUCAAAUAACCAAGGAUCAACUAGCUGUAGCAAGUACUAGUUAUCAAAGUCCGAAAAAACAUGUACUUUUAAAAACUAUUAAAUCCCCUACGGUUAAAAAGCCUCGUAUUUCUACUCACGUCGUAGAUACAAGUAAAGGUUUACCAAUUGGAGGUUUGCAAGUUAGCCUUUAUAAAUUAAUGGAUGGAAGAUGGACUUUUUUAAAUGAAAGUAAUACAAGUCCAAAUGGUCGAUGCGUAGAUUUGGUGGAUAAUAUGAAAGUUAAUUUCACAGCUGGACGUUAUAAAAUUCAUUUUGAUGUUGAUAAGUAUUUUACACUAAGGAGAAUAGAAACAAUGUAUCCGUUUAUCGAAAUUGUUUUUGACGUAAAAAAUCCUGCUGGGCAUUAUCAUAUACCGGUGCUUCUGAGCCCAUUUGGCUAUACCACUUAUCGUGGUUCUGAAAGAUGAAUAUU